UUCAGUCUGGCUUCAACUCGAGACUACUUAUCAAUGUUUCUUAUCAUGUAGUAGACAACUUGCUCAUCGAUAAACUGUAUACGGUAGCCAUACAAAUAUGUACACUUGAUCGGUGAGGACAUUUCGAGAAUUCCGUACCGGUAGUUUGGUGUUUUUCAACGAUUUAACUCGGCGGAAAAGUGCGUGAGGACGCUUGCUUUUUCAGUGGAUUUCGACUGUUCCUGUGACUUUGCUUUAAUAACAUAAGAAUUGAAGUAUUUAGUGUAUUUUUCGUAUCUACAGGAUUAUCCAUUCUGUUUAUCUUAUCAAUGCUACUGGGCUACGGUUUCGUACAGACAGACCGUCGGAGACGAGGAUUAAAACUAUUUUUGGAAGAAUUGCAGAUAUUCCUCUGAAUCUUAAAAUAAAGGGUGUUAUGGCUCCAUCCUAUGCCUUGCUAUUCAUCGUCAGUCGACAGGAGAGGUACCAACAAAAGUGAACUACUAACAAAUUACUGCCAUUAGAACAGUUCAGAAAUAAAUGGUGUAAAUUGGAGUUGAGUGUGUGAAAUAACUAUGAUGGGGUACACGAGGUUGAUGGUACUCGUGGUACUCCUGGUAAAUAGCGUGACAGCCGGUUCGUUAAUAUCCCACUUAGAUGGAAGCGAUCAAGAAGAACGAUGCGAAGACAUCACCAUCCCCAUGUGCAUGGGAAUCGGCUACAACCAAACACGGAUGCCCAACGAACUCAACCACGAAUCGCAAGAAGAAGCCGGCCUUGAAGUCCACCAAUUCUGGCCUUUGGUCGAAAUAAAAUGUUCUCCGGAUUUGAAAUUCUUUCUUUGUUCGAUGUAUGCCCCCAUUUGCCUCCCGGGCUACAAGAAACCCCUCCCUCCGUGUCGAGGGCUAUGUAAAAGGGCCCGUGAGGGCUGCGAGCCCAUAAUGACCCAAUACGGCUUCAAAUGGCCCGAGCGCAUGGACUGCGAGCAGUUCCCCGUGUAUGGGGCUUCUCCGGAUCAACUCUGCAUGGACGAGAACAACGGUAGUAGCACCACAGCAAAACCUCCUCCUCGCGCCAAAUCUCCCAAACAGUGCAAAGGGUCAAAAAACUGCACAAAUCCCCCAGGAGACGGAAGAAAAAGCGGCGUGGUGAAAGGCUGCAAGUGCCAAUGUCAACACCCGCUAGUCUCUCUGGGGAAGGACGCGUCACUGUUCAACCUAAGCGUGUUAGAUCCCGCGACUUGUGCCGCCCCCUGCAGGGCGACGUACUUCAACUCGGACGAAAAAGAGUUCACCACGGUUUGGAUAACACUCUGGUCCAGCCUGUGCGCAGCUUCAACCUUAAUGACUCUUACAACUUUCUUCAUCGAAACAGAACGGUUCAAGUACCCUGAGAGGCCCAUAGUGUUCUUAUCGGCGUGCUAUUUUUUGGUGUCGAUAGGUUAUCUCAUUCGCGUUGGGGUGGGUCACGAAGAGGUUGCGUGUGAAGGACCGGUCAUCCGGUACUCCUCCACGGGAGCAAAUUCCUGCUCACUGGUAUUUCUCCUGGUCUAUUUCUUCGGGAUGGCGUCAUCAAUUUGGUGGGUGGUGCUUUCCUUCACCUGGUUCCUAGCAGCGGGCUUGAAAUGGGGGAAUGAAGCUAUUGCGAGUUACGCGGAGUAUUUUCACGUUGCGGCUUGGCUAAUCCCGACUUUACAAACCGUCGCAGUGUUUGUUUCGGGGGCUGUUGACGGCGACCCAGUUGCCGGUAUCUGUUACGUGGGCAACAUGAACAUGGAAAAUCUUCGUACCUUUGUCCUCGCACCCCUUUUUAUCUACUUGGUUCUGGGUACCACCUUCCUCAUUGCCGGUUUUGUGUCGCUUUUCCGAAUACGAAACGUGAUCAAGAAGCAGGGUGGUGCCGGCGCUGGUUCCAAAGCUGAUAAACUCGAGAAACUCAUGAUCCGAAUCGGAAUCUUCAGUGUUCUUUACACAGUUCCAGCAUCGAUAGUAAUAGGUUGUCACUUAUACGAGAAUGCAUUCCAUAAUGAGUGGAUGUUAUCGGCAGCUUGCACCUGUUCUGACUCCCGAAUGGCUAGUGCUAAAGUCCGCCCCAUCUAUUCAGUUCUAAUGCUCAAAUACUUCAUGGCUUUGGCCGUCGGCAUCACCUCUGGAGUUUGGAUCUGGUCGGGCAAGACUCUCGACUCCUGGCGAAGGCUCUGGAGACGGCUCUUCGGCCGGCCCGACCCCACAGGAGCCAACGCCGUACUAAUCAAAAAUCGGCCUGGAAAAGCUCCACCUCAAUACGUGGUCGCCGGGGCUGGGAGCGCCUCGCUGUUGGGGCCCGCUGGUAGCGUCGCAUCGGCAAGCCAACACCACCUUCACCAUCACGUUUUGAAACAACCUCCGUUGAGUCACGUAUGACAAGCGGGCGAAGGGGCCACACCUGUAGUUGUUUCACACCCUGCACAAGGUUCUGGACCGUCGUUGAGCAACUACGGACCCAUUUGAGUGACCGCCUUGGCCCCUCGACACUCGGUCACAGCUCUCUAGUCUAUGCAUGCCAUCAGUAUGUUCGAGGUGGACACUUUUACUGUACAGACGAUUUUUGACAAUUGUGUAUUUAUUUAUUUGCUAAACGUGUAUAAAUGUGGAAACUUAUUCUGAGACUAUUUUCACUUCAUUUGCAUACUCAAAAAUUAGUCGAUGUGACAACGAAUGACACGAAAAAUCGUAAAUGAACCAAUUUUUUGGUUUUAGGACUUCAUUCGACAUACAACCCGUAAGUAACAUUAAACUUGAUGAUCUGAUUUUCUGGUUGGUAAAACUAUAGUGUAGUGAUAUGUCAAUGCCCGUUUUAUCUUUUUUUGACUAAUUAUGCAGGCGACCGUUUAUGCCAAAAAUACUUCGUUUGUAGGAAGUAUUUAAACGGUUGUUUGUUAAAAACAAAAAAUACUUAUUUGGACUUUGAUUACCACGAUAUAAACGUAAACAGACUGCUCGUUUUACAAGCAAUUAUCUGUAAAACAUACCUUCAACAACGUAUUAUACUGUCUAUCGUAAAAUUUCAUGGUACAUCCAUGUGAAUGUCAAAAUAUAGAAAGUGAGAUUUUAUAUACGUAAUUAAAUUAAUUGGAAGUUUUACAUUGGUAGUAAAUGUGAUCAGGUACGUUCUAUGAGUACGUUAAUUAGAUGAAUGAAUGUUUAAAAGUGGUACUCUGACUGAAAUUUUCAUCGAAAAAAGUUAUAACAGUGAUAUUGACGUCGCUAUUGACGCUGUAUGUAUACUCUUUAAGCAACUACUUAUUCACAGUGUUCAAUGUAGCCAUAUUUUGUGCCAUGUAAUAAUCGUGUAGGGACCAUCUAAUAAUUUUUCUCAGAGUACCAUCAAACAGAAGUGUGCACUCUUUUCGUUGACAAUUUGUAAAAAAAUAUUUAAUAUAUUCUUGUAGUUUUCGAAUAGCUGUAGGUUUUUAUAUGAAAUAUUCAUUGACCCCAAUAAUCUUUUGUACUUAUCUUUGUCUAUUUAACCAUGUAAAUAUAUCUGUGCAGUUCAUGAAAUACGACAAAAAAGGUUUGCUGUUAGAUGUAAAGCAACAUUAUGCUAAUUCAUUAAAAAUGGAUGAAUAUUUAAAGCAUCCAGUGAUGAUUUGUAUCCAAAAACAAUAUAGCUUUAUAAUAAAUUAAAAAGGAUAUAUAUAGGGUAGAACAUAUCAAAUUUUAUAUUAACAAAAAUUAUAAAUGCACAAUAUUUACUUUUCGUUUGUGGAUACUGCCAUUACAAAAUUAUUUUGGUUGAAGAACUACACAAGCACAAAAUGGGUUUUGUAUAUAUUUUUUCCUGACCGUGUACAGCAAAUUAUUAUUUGUAAUUGUGUGUAUAGUACUCCUAGUUAUGUAAACUGUCUGUAUGCUUCAAACUGUAUACGAUUUUAAUUAUAUUUUAUUGUUUAAAUUUCAA